AAUACCGUUACAAUGCAUAAUGGAUUUAUCCGGUAUGCUUAAUCAAAUGUCUUUAAAAAACGAGGAAGAACCAUUUGGUGAAUCAAAUAUUAAAAUAUCUAAAGAGAUUAUAGACGAAAUUCAAACGGAUAUUGCGUAUUGUGAGUUUACUAAUCAAUUAUUUUUGAUUAUUACUCAAUUUGGAAAGGCUGGAUCUUGUUUGAAAAUUGCUAAAGAACGCUUGGAAACUGACAUUGGGGUUGAGUUCGUUUACAAAGUGGAUCAAAUUUUUGGUGAUAUCACUAUUGAACAAGAAACGACAGCAAGAUAUUUAGCUCAAUAUUUAGAUAUAAAGAAGCCUUUGUUGAUAUUUGUUAAUCUUACGAAAUAUAAUAAGGAAACUGUUAAAGAAAUUGGUUGUUGUAUAAAAAAGGUAAUCUCGUAAGAAAAUAAAGAAUGUCGUUAAAGAAAUGUAUUAAAUCUUUCGAUAAUAUUUAUGGACAAGUAAUAAUAGGACCACCGGGUUCAGGAAAAACAACAUAUUGCAAUCAAAUACACACUUUUUACAAAGAAAAAUUAAAUAGAAAAGUUGAAAUAAUCAAUUUAGAUCCAGCUAAUGAGAAUGUUCGAAAAGCAACUGUUGAUAUUAUGGAUUUAAUAACUGUGGAUGAAGUAAUGACUAAUUUAUCUUUAGGCCCAAAUGGAGCUUUGAUGUAUUGUAUGGAAUAUUUAGAACAAAAUUAUGAUUGGCUUUUAGAUAAAUUAAACAGCAUCAAACAUUCCUACUUACUUUUCGAUAUGCCUGGGCAAGUUGAACUUUACACUCAUCAUAACUCAAUCAAAAAUAUUUUUGCUAAACUUGAACCAUUGGGUUACCAUUUAUGUGCAGUUCAUAUGGUUGAUUCUCAUUACUGUUCUGAUCCAUCCAAAUUUAUCUCUACUUUAUUACUUUCGUUGUCUACAAUGCUACAAAUUGGAUUACCACAUGUUAAUGUUUUAAGUAAAGCUGAUCUUUUACGCAAAAAUUCUGAAAAACUAGAUUUUGGUGUCGAUUUUUACACAGAUGUAUUGGAUUUAAAAUAUUUACUUGAAUUAUUAGAUGAUGGCCCAUUUACAAAGAAAUAUAAAAAGUUGAACGCAUCAUUAAUAGGAUUAAUUGAAGAUUACAGUUUGGUUUCUUUCAUUCCUGUUGAUAUCAAAUCAGAAAGGAGUUUAUUAAAUCUAAAAAAUGCUGUUGAUAAGGCAAAUGGAUAUGUUUAUGGGAGUGGUGAAGAAAGAAGCAUUCAAGCAUUAUUAGCAUGUGCAGUUGGGGCAAGGACUGAAACUGAACGUUUUGAUGUUGAUUUUGUCUAAAUCAUCAUUUAUAUCCUUGUCAAAAUAACACAUUGUGUAACUUUA